AUGCAUCCUUCUAAUGCUGCAAUUUUUGCAACUCCAAACUCUUUAUUUGACUUCACUCCUUUCAAUGGAGGUGACAAUAAUAAUCAUAAGGUUAUCAAGUCCGCUUUGACAUUUGAGAAACAACAACUGGAGGACAGUUAUUUCAAUUUCGAAGACACUACAUUCAAUGAUGUUCUAACAUUUGAAGAAAUGUUAGAAUAUUCGUUUUCUUCAACUAAUAAUGACAUAAACUCCAAUACAAAACUUGAUGACUCUAAUGUCAUUGACAUGUCAAUAAAUCAAGCUUAUUCCGCCCGUGAAGUCGUUCCAACAGACACAUUUAAUUUUGAAGAAGAGUUUAAAAAUGUGUCACAAUUUUUCGAAGAUGAUACAGAUAUUGCGUCCACACCAGCCAGGGGGAGCCAUACUACUAGAAAAGUUGCAGGGACUAUUACACCAGAUAGUGCCAAUUCAGUUUCACCAAUCCUUGCAAAACUUCACCGCAAUGAACAAUACAUGUCUGGAGCUGAUAUCCUACAUAUCUACAAAGAAUCAUUGAAGAAUACUUCAAUGAUUGGUAUGCCACAUGAUAACAAUGCUGGUAAUAAUAAUAAGAGCGGCUCUGAAGUAGAUUAUUCGGAUGUGGAGUACAUUCCAACAAACUCCUCUUCAUCUUCCUCCGAAGGUCCAAGUUCCAUGUCCUAUAGGUCCAAAACGUAUCCGAUCAAGAAGGCCAAUCCAAAAUACAAAAUUAAAGAGAUCCAAGACACUACAAUUCUAGAAGAAAUUAGAAAAGAAGAAUCUGUAGACGAUCCUCAAAGAGAGAUUAUUUUCAAACAAGCCAAACCUGUCAAGUGCGGUAAAUGUUCUAAAUGGUUUCAAAGUAAACACCAUACUGACAGACACAAUAUCUCUGUUCAUUUAAAUGAAAGAAACUAUGCUUGCACUCUAUGUGAAAAGAGAUUCAAACGGUUUGAACAUUUACAAGUACAUUUCAAAAGUAUUCAUCAAAUGAUAGCGAAACGUUGCAAAAAGGAAAAGUCUCUUAUGGAGAUCAAGCCAAUUGAAAAAGAUCAAAAAAAAGAAAAAGAAGAACCUCCUGAAAAGGAGCAAUCUGAUAAGUUAGACUCUUUCUGA